AUGUCCCUGACAAACGAAGAGUUGCUCGGGUUGCACAACCAAGACGAACCCGAGCUCCCAAAAAAACGGCGCACAGUGCACAAACUGACCGACGAGCUGCUGUUGGGGCCCCGCGGCCUGCCCGCUCUGCACAAAUCGCUCAAGAAUUACAGAUUCCAUCACAAGCGCGUCGCAGACAGAAGACGCGAUGAAUACACGAGAUCGCACCAUUUCGACAACCUCACGCGGCUUUUGCACAUCUAUCAGGCCUGGGGCCACGACAUCUACCCGCAGUACAAGUUUAGGGACUUCAUUCCGGUGCUGAGCCGCGCCAUGGGCAGUCCCGAGGUGCGAAACUACAAACGGCAGCUGAUGCGGGGGGAGACAGAUGGAGAAUUAGGUGGGGGAGUGCUUCAGACAGCUGAGGGUGUUCAGAAGGAGCAGGAGCAGGAGCCUAGGCACGACGACGAGCUGUUUGUGUCCGACGACGAUCUGUACACGCCGAUAGGCCAAGCUACCGGGCAAGUGCGCAGCCACGCAGGCGAGAACAGCGGUCCAUCCGCCGAGGAGCUGGAGCUGGCGCGCGAGUUUGGGUUCUAG